AUGGGUUUCCUUAUCCACCUCUGUCGUUUCGUGGGAGUGGUCAGCGGAUUCGUUGUCCCUGUCAUUGCAGGGCUGUACGCCGCAUCCGUGGGAAACAUCAAGCAGGCGAACUACUUCCUGCGUGCCCUUAUUUUUUGGGUAAUUCUGGAUCGCAUAUUCUCUCCGGUGCUAUUUGCCGUACUAGGGAUUGUAUCUAGGCUGCUCUGGCCGUUGGCAUUCAGCAUCAUCUCCGUCGCGCUCGUCGUGCCGCGCACGCGUGUGCUGGAGUACGGGGACAAGUGUACAGUAAUGGCUAUUAAGAAAGGCAAGCAACACAGUGCAACUAACGCAGUCUGCGCUACACUCGCCGUGCUAAGGAAGCACGUAGAGAACAUCGUCAUGCCACUACUCGGCGCUUCGAAUCACAACGGCGAAAAGCAAGAGUGA